GACAUUGCGUAAUAACUUAGCGAGGGGGGCGGGGGAAGGUGGGGUGAGUCAACUCGGCCGAGUCACCAUGGGCUGCUGCGCGUCGAAGGAGCAUCUCACGCGCUUGGUGGAUAAGGAUCACUGGCAGGGGCAGGGGCAGGGCCACCGCCGCUCCUCCUCCGUCAACGGACCGACCGGCGGCGGAUUUGCGGAGUUCUCGCUGGUGGAGCUCAAGGCAGCGACGAACAACUUCAGUUCGGAAAGUAUCGUCUCCGAGAGCGGGGAGAAGGCUAACAAUUUUGUCUACGAAGGUCGCCUGCAGAACAACCGGUGGAUCGCUGUGAAGAAGUUUACUAAAGCGGCGUGGCCCGAUCCUAAACAGUUUGCGGAGGAAGCGAAGGAGGUGGGGAAACUGAGGCACAAGAGGCUCGCGAAUCUGAUAGGGUAUUGCUGCGAUGGAGAGGAGAGGCUGCUCGUUGCUGAAUUUAUGCCUAAUGAGACGCUCGCGAAGCAUUUAUUUCACUGGGAGAAUCAAACUCCGGAGUGGGCUAUGCGGUUACGAGUUGCUUUAUAUAUAGCUGAGGCACUUGAUUAUUGCAGCAGAGAAGGUCGCCCGCUCUACCAUGACUUGAAUGCUUACCGAGUUCUCUUUGAUGAGAAUGGAGAUCCACGUCUAUCUUGUUUUGGAUUGAUGAAAAAUAGUAGGGAUGGAAAAAGUUAUAGCACAAAUCUUGCAUAUACUCCACCUGAGUAUCUCAGAAAUGGGAGGGUCACUCCGGAAAGUGUUGUAUUCAGUUUUGGAACCGUGCUUUUGGAUCUUCUUAGUGGAAAGCAUAUCCCUCCAAGUCAUGCACUGGAUAUGAUACGAGGAAGAAAUAUUCGUCUGCUAAUGGAUUCUCAUUUGGAGGGGAAUUUCUCUACUGAAGAGGCUACAGUAGUUUUUGAUCUUGCUUCACAAUGUUUGCAGUAUGAACCAAGGGAACGCCCGAAGUUCAAAGAUCUUGUUACUACACUAGAACCUUUGCAAAAUAAACCUGAAGUCCCAUCUUAUGUGAUGUUGGGAAUUCCAAAGCAUGAAGAAGCACCCUCCACGCCUCCACAUCCACUCUCACCAAUGGGUGAUGCAUGCUCACGUAUGGAUCUCACUGCUAUUCAUCAAUUUUUAGUGAUGCAGCAUUACAAAGAUGAUGAAGGAUCCAACGAGUUGUCUUUUCAAGAAUGGACUCAACAAAUGAGAGACAUGUUGGAUGCAAGGAAAAGGGGUGACUUAGCGUUCCGUGAUAAAGAUUUUAAGACUGCUAUUGAUUGUUAUUCUCAGUUCAUAGACGUGGGCACCAUGAUUUCACCAACGGUUCAUGCACGCCGUAGCCUUUGUUACCUCAUGUGCGAUCAGCCUGACGCUGCUCUCCGCGACGCGAUGCAAGCUCAAUGCAUCUACGCGGAAUGGUCCACAGCAUUUUACAUGCAAGCCGUGGCCCUCGCAAAGCUCGACAUGCACAAAGAUGCAGCCGACAUGCUGAAUGAGGCUGCUGCCCUGGAAGAAAAGAAGCAACGAGGCGGUAAAGGAUAAGGAUAUGCACCGCACUGUAUCAAUCGUGAGAAUUCUGUUGUAGUCUACCCCCUCAUUUACAGGUUGUCUGUAUUAUUCGGUUAUCCGGAAAUGUACCAUCAUAGAGGGAGAGUAAACGCAAAAUUGCAAAAAAUAUACGGACACCGCAUUGUCACUCGUAACCAUGUCUGGAUUAUAUUCAUCUCAUUUUAUCUUUUUGAUCGUA